CCGGGAAUGGGGGGGUGCAGCCACGGGGUUCCCUCCGCCCCCCGCCCUGUAUCGUCGACCUGCGGAGCGACACGGUGACCGGGCCCUGCGCGGAGAUGCGCCGCGCCAUGGCCCGCGCCACCAUGGGAGUCGACGACUACGGGGAACGCCCUAAGUACCCCUCGUUACAGCGCUUGGCCGCGGGGAUCUUGGGGAUGGAGGAGGCGCUUUUUCUGCCCACGGCCACGAUGGCGAACCUCAUGGCCAUGAUGUGCCACUGCCAGCGCAGGGGGGCUCAGCUGCUCCUGGGCCGGGACGCCCACCUGCAACUCUUCGAGUACGGCGGGGCUGCGCAGGUCGCUGGUGUCCACUCCCAGUCACUGCCAGACCUGCCAGAUGGCACUUUCGACUUGGACCAGCUGGAGCUGACUGUCCGCCAGGCCCACGGCAGCCGGCACCACCCACUCCCCGAGCUCUUGUGCCUGGAGAACACGCACAGCUCGGCGGGCAGACGGGUGCUGCCCCUCCCUUACCUCCAGCAGGUCCAGGGGCUCACUGACCGCUAUGGGCUGCGGGUGCACAUGGAUGGAGCAUGGUGGCUGAUGAAUACGGCAGUGGCCCAGGGUGUGGAGCCAGCUCAGAUCACCCAGCACUGCGACUCCAUCUCCCUCUGCUUCUCCAAGGGUCUGGGUGCCCCGGCCGGUGCGGUGCUGGCUGGCUCGGGGUUUGUCGCCGAGGCCUGGUGUAUGCGGAAGCUGAUGGAGAGGGGGAUGUGUCAGGCUGGGGAGCUGGCAGCCCCUGCCUGCCUUGGGCUGCAGCAGGCGGAGGCAAUGCUGCACAGAGACCAUGACAACGUCCGACACUUUGACAAAGGCAUCCAGGAAUGGAACUCCCCCCUCUUCUCCAUCAACCUGGUAGUGGUGGAGAUGAACAUCGUGAUGGUGAGCUUCAGGGGGGGCUUGCCAUCCCCCACAGAGCUCUGCAAGCACCUGCAGGCAGUGAGUGAGGAGGAGAUGGCCGAGACCAGCCAGGCUGUCAGCAUCCUGAUUCCCUGGUUGGCACACACUGUGCAUGCUGUCUGGCACCGUGAUGUCUCGGUUCAUGACACCAAGCUGGCAAAGAACAAGCUGGAGUUUGUGGCCAGGAAGUGCCAGGAGAAGCUGGCUCUGGGCUUGCACCCAACUCCUCUGAACACAGGGGAAGCCUGAGCACUUGUGCAAGCACACUGCAGGUAGGCAGAUCCUGGGGGAUGCUUAGGGCAAAA